AUGGGGUGCCUCAAGGGACCUGAACUCAGCCCCCCCCCGUCCUCCCGCCUCCUUCCGCAGCGAUGCAUCGACUGGAACCGGGACAUCCUCAAGAAGGAGCUCGGCCUCCAAGAGAAGGACAUCAUCGACCUGCCGGCCCUCUUCAAGAUGGACAAGCAAGGGAAGGCCAUGGCCUUCUUCCCCAACAUGGUGAACAUGAUCGUCCUGUCCAGGGACCUGGGCAUCCCCAAACCCUUUGGGCCCAUCAUCGAGGGCGAAUGCUGCGUGGAGCAACACGUCUCCGACCUGCUCGAGCCCCUGGGGCUGGUGUGCAGCUUCAUCGACGACGUCUCCUCCUACCACCAGCAGCUGGGCGAGGUUCACUGCGGCACCAACGUCCAGCGCAAGCCGUUCCCCUUCAAGUGGUGGCACGUGGUCCCCUAAGCGGAGGUUCCCCCAAUGCCCUGCGUCAAGGGAGGGGUUCAGAGGAAUGGGUUCGACGCCUUGUGGGCCUCCCCAAAAUCACCCUGAGUUCCUGGUGGGGCAGGUGGAACCGGGGGGGGGAGUGUUUCACCAAAGUCCAGCCAGCAGGAGACACCUAGAAUGUUGCCUGUGUUUUGGGGGGGGGGCUGGAGAGGGGAGAAGGUGUUCCCUUGAAUCCUCCCAAGAGGGGCUCCUUCCCUUCUUGUCUCCUUUCUUUGUUUGCUUGGGGUGGGGGUGGGGGUGUGUUGAUCGAGUUUCUCGGUGGGUUGCAGGUGGGAUCUCGGCUCACCAAGGGUGGGGUGCUUUGAUGCUUUCCAGAAACUCUGUGCAUGCUCUGUGGUGUGUGUGUGUGUGUGUCCUGUGCUCUCCUCUUCUUCAGCAACUGGCUGAUGGGGGCCCUUCCACCAAACAUGCCACCAACCGAACGCCCACUCCAUACUCUGUGUGUGCGUGUGUUUGUGUGUGUGUGCUUUUUGUGUGUGUGUGUGUGUGUGUUAAACCUGCUGGGAUUCAUGGCAGCUCUAAGUUGCGUGACUGACUGGGAGGCGUUAUGCCAAACAGGGACUUUUAAAAACUAUGGUUUGGAUAGGUAUUCCUCUCUCUCUUUUUUUGGAACAACAGUAAUAAAAAACGGGGAGGCUGCUUCUCU